AUGGAUGAAGAAGAACCAGAGCAAAGAGUCAGGAGGGGUCAACCUAGCCCUACAAUACAAGCAGCAUACACAGGAAAUAAAUUAGUCUAUCAAAGCUCGCUUUGGAAUGAUGUAACAGAUCUAAAAGAUUUUGAAAAUCGUGUUCAUCCAGUUGUAGCAGAAAAUAUGAGUUUAAAGAGAAGACUUGAACUUUUAGUAAAACUUGUUGCAGAAUCUCGCUUUAAUGUGGAUUCUUUGAAAAAAGAUAUUAAAGAAGCACAGGAUAUAUUAGAUGAACUUAAAGAUUCGACUGGUAUUAAUAUGCCAGAAGAUAAUGCUACUUUAACAGAGACUUUGGAAAAGAAAGAUGUAAAACCUGACGCCAAAGCAGAUGCAAAACCAGAAACAAAAGCAGAUACCAAACCAGACGAUAAGAAAGAUGUUAAAAUAGAAAUUAAUCCUAAUGAUAAGAAAUAA